AAACUUGGUCAAGGGGGUUUCGGUGCUGUGUACAAAGGAAAGCUAGUGAAUGGUUCCCUUGUGGCAGUGAAGAUGCUAAAUGCAUCAAAAGGAAAUGGUGAAGAAUUUAUUAAUGAGGUUACUAGUAUUACUAGAACCUCACAUGUUAAUGUUGUUACCCUUCUUGGAUUUUGUUUUGAAGGUUGCAAUAAAGCUCUCAUAUAUGAAUUUAUGUCUAAUGGUUCCCUUGACAAAUUUAUUUACAAUAAGGGACCUGAAACCAUUGCAUCUUUGAGUUGGGAUAAUUUCUAUCAAAUUGCCAAAGGGAUAGCUCGAGGUUUGGAGUAUUUGCAUAGGGGAUGUAAUACCCGGAUUUUACAUUUUGAUAUAAAACCACAUAACAUUCUUUUAGAUGAAAAUUUAUGUCCAAAGAUUUCAGAUUUUGGACUUGCAAAGCUCUGUCUCGAGAAAGAGAGCACUAUAUUCAUGUCAAAUGCAAGAGGAACAGUCGGAUAUGUAGCUCCAGAAGUAUGGAAUAGACAAUUUGGAGGAGUUUCACACAAGUCUGAUGUUUAUAGUUAUGGAAUGAUGCUUUUAGAGAUGGUCGGAGUGAGAAACAAUAUUGAUGUUAACACAAAUCAAACUAGCGAGUAUUUUCCAGAUUGGAUAUACAAUAAGCUAGAAAAGGAGAGUGAUUUGAGACCUGACAUAGUGAUGGCCAUUGAAGAAAAUGAGAUUGCAAAAGGAAUGACCAUUGUUGGUUUAUGGUGCAUUCAAACAUUGCCAAAUGAUCGACCAACAAUGAGUAGAGUGAUUGAAAUGUUGGAAGGUAGCAUGAAUGUCCUUGAAAUACCACCAAAACCUUUGGUUUCUUCUCCUACUAGAUCAUUAUUGGAAUCUUCAACUUCUUGAAAUUUGGAUCUAUAAGUAUAUUUCAAGUUAACUUUUCAUUUUGUAAAAAAAUGAAAAAGGUAUGUUCUUCAUAAUAUUUUUUUGUGUACUUUCUAGAUAUUAAGCAAUUAGAUUACAUAUAUGUGAUUCAAAUACCAAUGUGAUCUAUGUGGAUAAGUUAAGGCUGAAGAAGUGUAAAAGGUUGUUUUGUCAUUGAUUUUUAUGAAGUUCAUUUUUACUA